CCCCUCCCGCCCCGUUUCCCUGGCCCCUCCCUCUCCCCGGCCCGAUCCGCCCGCCGGCUCCCCCUCCCCCGAUCCCUCGGGUCCCGGGAUGGGGGGGCGGUGAGGCAGGCACAGCCCCCGCCCCCAUGGCCGCCCGUCGGAGCCAGAGGCGGAGGGGGCGCCGGGGGGAGCCGGGCACCGCCCUGCUGGCCCCGCUCGUGCUGGGCCUGGGCCUGGCGCUGGCCUGCCUUGGCCUCCUGCUGGCCGUGGUCAGCCUGGGGAGCCGGGCAUCGCUGUCUGCCCAGGAGCCUUCCCAGGGGGAGCUCGUGGCAGAGGAGGACCAGGAGCCGCUGGACCUGAAUCCCCGGACGGAGGAAAGCCAGGACCCCGUGCCUUUCCUGAAGCUGGUUCGGCCUCGCAGAAGUGCAUCUAAAGGCCGGAAGCCACGGGCUCGCAGAGUGAUCGCUGCCCACUAUGAAGUUCACCCACGACCGGGACAGGAUGGAGCGCAGGCGGGUGUAGACGGGACGGUGAGUGGCUGGGAGGAGGCCAAAAUCAACAGCUCCAACCCACUGCGCUAUGACCGCCAGAGCGGGCAAUUUUUGGUCACCCGGGCAGGGCUGUACUACCUGUACUGUCAGGUGCACUUUGAUGAGGGGAAGGCCGUCUACCUGAAGCUGGACUUGCUGGUGGACGACACGCUGGCCCUGCGCUGCCUGGAGGAGUUCUCGGCCACGGCGGCGAGUUCCCUCGGGCCCCAGCUCCGUCUCUGCCAGGUGUCUGGGCUAUUGCCCCUGCGGCCGGGGUCCUCCCUGCGGAUCCGCACCCUCCCCUGGGCCCACCUCAAGGCUGCCCCCUUCCUCACCUACUUUGGACUCUUCCAAGUUCACUGAGGGGCCCCGGGCUCCCCAGCAGCCGCCCCACCCCGGGCUGCUCCUCCCCAGACCUGCCUCUCCCUCCGUGUAGGCUUCCCCGGGCUGGGCUCGCUCACGUGAUGUCACCCAGAGAGUCCCAUCGGUCCUGACAACUCCCCCCACCUCUGGCUCUCCCCCCUCACUGGCUCCCAAACCCCCAUGUAGCUCCUGGCCGCAGCCCCCAGGACACUGCACUCUGGGUGACAUGGGUCCCGAACAGCCGUCUUCAGGCACUAGGAAGGGCCGGAGGCCAGAGAGCCCGGGCCGGGAAGAGGCUGGGAGUUUCCGAAUGUCAGAGGGAAGAGCCCGAGACGAGCCCCUCCCCUGAUCAUUCCCUGUGGAUUUUUAAAACAGAUAUUAUUUUUAUUAUUAUUGUGACAAAAUGUUGAGAAGUGGAGAUUAAAGAGAUUAAGCCAC